GAAAUCGUUUCAGCCUGCUUCGGUCACGGAUGUGGAGCGAUAAGGAGCGACCGGUGGAAUAUGUAGAAGCGUUAGGGAAUAACCUAACUGGAUAGGCUCUCUCGACAAAUACAUAUAUUGAAAUAUAGGCUAGGUUUUUCACUUAUUCAUAUGCUGAGGUCGUUGUAAUAGCAGUUUUUUUCGUUAUUGUUUUAGUUUUUUGUUUUUACUAUUGAGAACAAAUAAUGUCUCAAAGAGUGAGAAGAAACGGGUCUCCGACAUUUAUGCCAAGCGGCGAAACCGGUGGUGGAGUCGGCGCUACAACUGGCGUCUCGGGAGCUUCGGGAGGCAAUGUGUUCAGUCGCCUCCUGCCCAUGAAAGCGACGGUUCCGUUCCAACUGAAACCGCAGAUACAGCCCCCCCUGUUGACCAGGUCUGUGCAGGGUACCGCUAGUGGAUGCAGUAGCCCCUCGCCCACCAACACCGAGAACGGUAAAUUCCACACUAGUGGAUGCAGCGCCAGCGAAGCACCUGAAACGCGCACGUCGACGUCAUUGAGUCGCAGCCCCACUCGUGCUGUUGUCAACUCAUCAUCAACAGCUGUUGUUCUGGUCUCCGCGCCAGCCACCACCCCUCUGUCUUCUCUGUCACCUCUGUCUCCUUCCAUCGGUUAUGCCUCGGGCGCGGUGGGACAGGCCGGGACAGGGACACCCUCCUCCCCAUCCGCCAGAGUCAGCCCCCUCGCCAACACCACCGUGUCUGGUCACUCCGUUGCUGCAUCGGGGUCCAACUCUUCCACAUCCCGAGCCGCUCAAACACAAUCACCCCUCGCUCCUGUAGCAGCAUCACCUCCACAACAUGUAACUUCCCCAGUGAUCUCACCUGCACCUUACGUCAAUAUUCACACCUACGGAUCUAGUAGUUUCAGUCUGGGUGUCCCCCCUGCUAACACCGCAGACGGCUCCCCCACCCAGCAGCUACACUGGCCGUCAGACUACCCGAUCCUGGCGACCGCUUUACAGCAACAACCUUUCUCGCCUUUUCCUCCGUCUUCGUCCUCUUUGUCAUCUUUUGGCGGUCAGCAGGGCAGAGCGAUGCCCCAGGCAGCGCCACAGCGCUGGUCCCCCGGCCUGGAACAGAACCGACUGUCUCCUGAGAGAGUCAGCCCCAACUCGCCAAAUGGAGAGAGACCCAAACCCUCCUCCCCUAGCCGGCCUACCCUCCUGCUGCUCCUGCUCCAGUAUCCGCCGCACCUCCUCCCUGGAUCUUCUCCUGACUGGACCCUAUCUGACCGGUCACUGGCCUCGGGAAAGCAGCCAUGCCCCAUGUCAACCCUGCUGAGGGACAAAGCCACUCAGACCCCCAGUGCCUGGACAGAGGAGUUUGUGGAGAAGAGGAGGGCUUCUCACCAACGUUCAGCCUCCUGGGGAAGCACUGACCAACUUAAAGAGAUUGCCAAGCUGAGGCAGCAGCUCCAGCGCAGUAAGCACAGCAGCCGUCACCAUAGAGACAAGGAACGCAAAUCACCAUUCAAUGGGAACCAUGCUGCUCUCUACCAGGCUCCAAUCCCAAAGACUGUCCUGAUUCCCAUCAAGUCCUCUGUGUCUCGGUUCCGGAACAGUGUGGAAGGGCUGAACCAAGAAAUAGAGAGGAUCAUCAUCUGUGACGCAGGAGAGAGGGACGACCCCCACCAUGUCCCCGACGGGCGCCGUGCCCCCCCACCGCUGUCCCAACGCCCCUCCUCUCCUUCAAUCAUAUCACAGUGCUACAGUAGCUCUGCUUUCCGCAGCAUCAACACCCAGACACCCCAGGGUGGGAGAGGGGCCUGUGGAGGUGGAGCGGUCAGUAACAGCAGCCGCUCCGAGUCCGUCUCCCCCUCCUUCCUGACUGUCCCCACCGACACGGAGAUGACGGGGGAGAGAGGGGGAGACGGAGUGGGAGAGAGCCCCUUGCCUAAUAGUGAUGAGCUGCUAACGGACUGCAGAGAAAAAGACCUCGGGCCCAGCUCUCCGCUCCCUAAAUACGCCUCCUCUCCUAAACCCAACAACAGCUACAUGUUCAAACGAGAGCCUCCUGAGGGCUGCGAGAGAGUCAAGGUCUUCACUGAGGAAACACAGUCCAAGCCUCCCCAGCAGGUCCCUUGUCCUCUCCUGAGGUCCAAGAUUCCCCAGCAGGUCCCUCAGUUCCUCACAGGUCCAGACAGGAACAAGGUCAACUUCAUCCCCAACAGUGGCUCUGCCUUCUGCCUCGUCAGCAUCCUCAAGCCCCUCCUCCCCACGACCAAACCUUACCUUGUCCCCCCUCAGCACACCUCUUACUGGGGCUUCCCUCAGCCUUUCUCCCCUGACCCUGGACCAACAGACCAGCUAGAGUCCCUAUCAACAGACCAGCUAGAGUCCCUACCAACAGACCAGCUAGAGUCCACCAUAACUACAGGCCCCAAACCAGCCCCACAAUAACCAGCAGACCACCAUAACUACAGGCCCCAAACCAGCCCCACAAUAACCAGCAGACCACCAUAACUACAGGCCCCAAACCAGCCCCACAAUAACCAGCAGACCACCAUAACUACAGGCCCCAAACCAGCCCCACAAUAACCAGCAGACCACCAUAACUACAGGCCCCAAACCAGCCCCACAAUAACCAGCAGACCACCAUAACUACAGGCCCCAAACCAGCCCCACAAUAACCAGCAGACCACCAUAACUACAGGCCCCAAACCAGCCCCACAAUAACCAGCAGACAACCACAACAACAAAUGAACACCAGACCCCUUCAGAUCAGAACCACCAGAAUCCCGGUGCACAAACUCCCAGCGGAUCCUUUUCUAAUCAUAUGGCAGAAUAACAUGUCUUUUGAAAUGAUUCUCCUGGACCUCUGCAACUUUGUAGUUGAUAUAGAACUAGCAGUCAGAUGUCGUAGGGUAACCAACACCCUUCUGUUACAUCUGUUACAUCCUGUUCAUUCAGGAUAGAGUUAGAUAUGUUUACUCCUACCACCCUAUAACCUCUGACCCUGUAACCUCUGAGUGUUGACAGGACAGCGGACGCAUGGCCCUGCCACUCCUCUCCCUUCUCACUCCUCGUAGGGAGCAGACAAAAUGGACACCCCACAGCCAGUGGUUUGAAGUGAACUGGUCUCAACAACCGAGACUCUCAUUGGUCUCAGAGAUGAAUCUAAACCUAAAGAUUGUUCCGUACCCCAUUCAUGUUUACCUGUGACAGUGGUAGUAUCCAUCUGCAUCUUUCCUGGAAAGAAAAUAAGUCGUCUGUAUUUUGUCAUAUUUUUUUGCAGUGGAGCUUUGUAUCAGAAAUGUAUUUUUAUGUAAUGCAUGUAAUAAACAAACAAUGAUA